AUGCCUUCCACCACCUAUCUUAUUACAGGAGCCAACCGUGGCAUUGGCAAAGGUCUCACUGAGAAGCUUCUGCAAAGACCUAACACGACCGUCGUUGCUGGUGUUCGAGAUACCACUGCGUCAGCAUCCGUUUUGAGCAGCCUGCCAGUGGCAGCUGGCUCCAAAGUCGUGAUUGUCAAGCUUGACUCUCAAUCCGAGACAGAUGCCAAAGAAGCCGUGUCCCAGCUCAGUUCGGAGUACGGCAUCACAUCCCUUGACUUUGUUAUCGCGAAUGCAGGCGUCGCCCACUCCGGCACAUCGGUUGCAGAAACGUCAAGCGAGAGUCUUCGUGACCACUUCAACACAAAUGCAAUCGGUCCUCUGAUUCUUUUCCAAGCUGUGAAGCCACUACUUCAAGCGAGCAAAAGCGGGAACCCUACCUUUCUGGCGAUUUCAACUAUUAUUGGUAGCAUGGGAGCCCAAGAAGCACUUGCCGGGCUUCCGGCUGUGUUGAGCCCCUACGGCGCAAGCAAGGCUGCGUUGAACUGGCUGGUUAGACGACUCCAUUAUGAGGAGGCUUGGUUGACAUCGUAUGUAACUCAUCCUGGCCUGGUUCUGACAGACAUGGCGUCGAGCAUGAUGGGCUCGCCUGAAACAGCUGCGGCGAUGGGUGCUAUCACUGUCGACGUCAGUAUCGCUGGCAUUCUGAAUACCCUCGACUCUGCCUCUAGGGAUAUCAGUGGUACUUUCCAGAAUUACGAUGGUACGACACUGCCCUGGUAGGAUACAGCGCCCGGGAAUUGGGGGAUGGAACAUCAACGGUCUAUGAAGUACUUUGCAUUACU